ACCGCAAACGACGCUUCGUAGCUAUAGCGUAAUAUUGAAGGGCUAUAACAAUUGUUUGUUUUAUAAAUCAUACAUAUGCUGCUAGAACAACACGGGGUCCUGACACGAAAGUGCGGAAUAAAGGAGGUUUCAGAUUUGUAGGUGAUGGCUGUGUACUUUGAUCAUCGUAUCGAGGCCCCUGACAGCAGUGGGGAGGCAGUUCUCAUCGCAUGGCACUCUAGUCUCUGUGUGCUGGCCGUGGGCUCUGUAAACGCCUCCACCGGAGGUAGUGUGGAUCUGUACCUGCAACAGGGUGAGCAUGUGAAGUUGUGUCAUUUGGAACGUGGUUUCAGCCCCUCGCUGCUUCAGUGGCACCCCACUAAACCCUUGCUGGUGGUGGGCUGGGAGACGGGCGAGACGUUGCUCCUCUCACACCCGUCUGGUGAACAAACACCCCUGCCAGCAAACACACACGCCUCCUGCAUCACACUACUGGAGUGGAGCAGUAAUGGCAGCAGGCUGGUCACGGGAGAUCAGGCGGGUGUGAUGGCAGUAUGGAGGGUGGACGCUCGAGGUAAACUGCAGGGAUCUCCUCUAUUAAAACACGACUACGGCAAACCACUGACAUGCUGCAUGUUCAGACCUGCCCCACCUGCAGAGGAUGUGGCGAUGUUGGCACGAGCAGCUGUCAGCGGAGAUGAAACCGCCCUGGACAUGUUCAACUGGAAAAAGACCAAUAAAGGAGGCGGUUUCAUGCUUGGUUCACAGGAAGGCCUGUCGUUUUACAUCAGCACAGCGGAUGGGAAUGUGUUCAGCGUGGAUGAUCAAGCGCGGAGUGCCGCGCUGCUGUCUAUGGAGAGUGCGGUACAGAAGAUGUGGUAUUCUAAAAGGAGAGCCGUGCUCGCUGUGGUAACGGACUCACUGCUGCUGUCUCAGUUCAGUGUCGGGCCGGAGGGAUUCACUCAGGAGAUCAGUAAGGUGAAGCUCAGUGGUAGAGGUGGGCAGCACACAGACAUUGUGUGGACAGAAGACGGUUUAUUGAUCACAGCAUCCGGGGAACAGCACAUCAGACUCUGGGAUGUGGAGUUAGAUGAUCACUACGCUCUGUCUUUGGAUGAGUCUCUGGGCUUUGAGAAGGGAGAACUGCUCAACUGUGUGUCUUUUUGCGCGUUUAAAAACGCUCUGGCAGCAGGUACCAGCAGGGGUCGUGUGGCUCUGUGGCACAUGGUGACGGUGAAUGAUCAGAAAGGAGACACAAAAACACACUGGAAACUCCAAACACCCGCAGAAGUUGAAGGAAACAUCUCACAGCUGCAGUGGGGUUCGAGCUCUCAUCUGUUGGCGGUGCGCAGCAGCAGUUGUGUGUUGAUUCUCUCCGAGCAUGUGAUGUGUUCUCACUACAGUCAGCAGGUGGCAGCGGUGCAGCUCGCACCAGCACAGCUUAGCCUGGCCAACUUCAACACCAACACACACAUCACCUUUCACACAGACACACACAUCAGAGCUGUGCAGGUUACCAGGGAUAUGGUCACCGUGUGGAACGGGAAAUAUAUCACUGUGUAUGAGUCAUCAGGUCAAACUCUCCACAGCACAGGUAGUUUCCAGUGUGAUUCUCCUGCUCUCGCUGUACAUGAGGAGAACAUUUAUACUAUAGAACCUAACCGUGUCCAGAUCCGGACACCACAGGGUACUGUGAAGCAGUUGCUGGUGUUCUCUGAAGCAGAGGGAAAUCCCACACUGCUGAGUGUGUGUGGAUCUUACCUGGCUGUCGGGACAGACACGUCACAUGUCAGAGUGUUUGACCUCACACGCAGAGAAGCCAAACCUGUGAGCAUCACUAAAAACCUGGCUGAGCUCAUUCCUGAUGUAGGCGCCCUGAGAUCUGUCAAAUGCAAUGCUAGCGGCAGUCAGAUGAGCGUCCUCAUUACACAGGUUAAUGGACGGCCAGACAACAAAGUGUAUUUCUAUGAUAUCGAGCUGGACACCCUGUCUUAUUUUGACUUCUUCACUGGGCGACCAGCGAGCAGUCUCACACAGUUAGAGGACAGUCAGAGAACGCGAUGUGAGGGAGAGUUAUCCACACGCUGUCCUAUAUCUCAAUUCUGGGACGAGAAUGAGCCACGGCUGUUCGUGUGUGCAACAGUUCCUGUAAAGUUUGACCUCAACAGCAGCAGCCAAUCACAAGCGGAGAAGGAAGACGUGUUAGUGGUGACGUUCUUUGUGACACAGGAACACGGUCUCCUCCUGCAGGAUUCACAGCCUAAACCAGGCACACUCCUGUCUCUGCUCGCUCUUGAUACACCCUAUUAUUAUUAUAUCUGCAAGAUCUUAUUUCGGAGGGGAGGAGUUUUUCUUCCUGAUCUGGGUGAGAGUGGAGAACAGGGUGAGGUGGUCUCUACGCCCUCCCAGGUGUCCUCCACACCUCAGAUGGUGGUGCGACGAGCCCUCCGAGAUUUUGUUGGGUUGGAGGGCUGCGAGAAACCCACCAGAGAUGCCAUGCUGAACUUUAGCUUCUACCUCACCAUUGGAGACAUGGACGAAGCAUUCAAAGCCAUCAAACUCAUCAAGAGCGAGGCUGUGUGGGAGAACAUGGCACGGAUGUGUGUGAAGAGUCGUCGGCUGGACGUGGCACGCGUGUGUCUGGGGAACAUGGGGAAUGCUCGGGCCGCUCGAGCUCUCAGAGACGCGGAGAAAGAGCCAGAGGUGGAUGCACAGGUGGCAGUGCUAGCUACACAACUUGGCAUGCUGGAGGAUGCAGAACGCUUGUAUAAGUCAUGUGGCAGGUUUGAUUUGCUGAAUAAGUUCUAUCAAGCAGCCGGCCAAUGGCAGCAGGCGAUCGAAACGGCGGAGACGCACGACCGCAUUCACCUCCGCACAACUUACUACAGCUAUGCAAAACACCUGGAAGCCACCGGAGACAAGAGUCUCUCACUACAGUAUUAUGAGAAGUCCGACACACACCGAUUCGAAGUUCCAAGGAUGUUAAUGGAUGAUAAUGUUUCGUUGGAGGUCUACAUCAAUAAAAUGAAAGACAAGGAUUUGUAUAAGUGGUGGGGACAUUAUCUGGAGAGCCAAUCAGACAUGGAGGCAGCGUUGCAUUACUACGACCUCGCUCAGGACUAUCUGUCUCAAGUGCGCGUUCACUGUUAUCUAGGGAACAUUCAAAAGGCGAGUGUUAUAGCCAAUGAGACUGGCAAUAGAGCAGCAUCCUAUCAUGUUGCACGGCAGUAUGAAGGACAGGACGAAAUCAGCCAAUCGGUGCACUUUUACACACGAGCGCAGGCCUAUAACAAUGCCAUCCGACUGUGUAAAGAGAACAACUUGGAUGAGCAGCUCAUGAAUCUGGCGUUGCUCAGUAAUCCAGAGGAUAUGAUGGACACGGCAAUGUACUAUGAAGAGAAAUCAACACACAUGGACAGAGCCGUUAUGCUUUAUCAUAAGGCAGGUCAUGUGUCGAAGGCUUUGGAACUGGCUUUUGCCACAGAGCAGUUUGGAGCUUUACAGCUGAUCGCAGAGGAUCUGAAUGAUAAAAGUGAUCCUGCUUUACUCACACGCUGCUCUGAUUUCUUCAUUAAACACGCUCAGUACCAGAAAGCUGUGGAAUUACUGGUGACCGCCAAAAAGUACAAUGAGGCGCUCCAGUUGUGUCUGGACCAGAGUUUGACCAUCACAGACGAUCUGGCUGAAAGUCUGACUGUGCCGCGUGACUCCGCCUAUCUGUCAGAGUCUGGACGCAAGGAAUUGUUGGAGAAGAUCGCCGACUGUUGUAUGCGACAGGGCAACUACCAUCUAGCAACGAAGAAAUACACACAGGCUGGAAACAAAAUCAAGGCGAUGCGAGCGCUGUUGAAAUCCGGUGACACAGAGAAAAUCAUAUUUUUUGCAGGUGUUUCAAGACAGAAGGAAAUAUACAUCAUGGCGGCAAACUACCUGCAGUCUCUGGACUGGAGGAAUGAUGCUGAGAUCAUGAAGAACAUUAUUGGCUUCUACUCCAAAGGACGUGCCCUCGACCUGCUCGCCGGCUUCUACGAGGCCUGUUCAGAGGUUGAAAUCGAUGAUUAUCAGAAUUAUGAGAAGGCGUACGGAGCUCUGACCGAAGCUUGUAAGUGUUUGUCAAAAACAAAGGGUCGCAGUGGAGAUGAGACUGACACCAGGAUUCUUGUACUGACACACAGACUCGACCUUAUCAAGAGAUUCAUUCAAUCACAGAGAAUGCAUAAGGAGGAUCCAGGGGAAGCAGUGCGUAUAUGCGAGUCUCUGCUGGAAGAGAAAGAUCUGGACCCUGCAGUGCGUGUGGGUGACGUGUAUGCCUUCUUAGUGGAACACUACUGCCAACAUGGCAACUUCCAACAGGCGUGGAGUAAACUAGAGGAUCUCCGAUCAGCACGUCCCAAUAUAAAUCUCAGUUUAUAUGUGAGUCAAAGCAGCCUGCAAGCGCUACAGGACGCCGCUGGAAUCCGUCUGCCCUACGGAGACACCACAAAUAAACAUGCUGGUGAAGAUGACGAAGAGGUGGAGGAAGAUGAGAACAUCAAUCACUGAGAAACAGAUAAAAUAGCGCUUUCCACUAAUGGCCUAUAAAAACUGCCUGCUUCACAGUUUGCUCACCCACUUUUGUAAAGAGUGCCAUAUUCACUAAGGGACUGCCAGAUUUUUGGAGAAGCAGUGUAGUGGGACAGUUGUGUGACUGGUGAAGCUACUUUGCCUUAAGUAGAGUAGCUUGUGUGUGAAUGCACAAAUUGCACUUAUUAUGUUUGCAAUGUGUGUGCAGCCAGGGACCGUGAUUUUUGACAGUUUGUACAAUUAUUUAAUAACCAGACCUGUUCUGCUAUAUUUGUAUCAUUUACUUUGUAUGCAUUUUAAUAAAAUUUUCUACAUGUUC